AUGGUGAAAACGAUCCAAGCGGCAUUGACGUCGUUACUGAUCAUCGGCGCGUUUUGCAGCUUGUGCGUUUUCGAGUACCCACUUGGACGACCCAGGCCGUAUUUCACUUGCCUAUACUUCCUGAUCUUAUGGAGCACCUACACAUACAUCCUCUACUUUAUCAACAUUCAGACACCGAUUAUUAUAUCUUGGACUAUUAUAAUAAUCAUAAUGUCUUCGUUUGGGUCAAUGAUAGUCAACCUGUUCCGUUUCAAGGCGAAUGGUGGCGAAGUAUUUCUCAGCAGAUUAUCGAAUCUCACUCUCGAUGCAGAGAUUAAGCAAAAUAGCGAUGCGUACGGCAAAUGGGAGUUUCAACGGACAUACGUUGUUAGUUUGCGGCAGACGAUGGCCACGUCCACUACCAUCCAACAGGGCGUAAAACCCCUCCUCGUCACAUGGUUUAUUAUAGGCUUGGGGUUCUAUCCUACGAAUCGAGUGAAGCCGUGUUUCAGCACUUUAUAUUCUUUGAUGCUGUGGUGUACUUACGGCUGCUUCUGUUACUUAAUAAUGGUGUUUUUUACAUGGAACAAGACAUUUCGAACAACAGUUUCGAUGGUCUUGCGUGCGAUUAAUAUGCUCAUUACGCUCACGUCCGUAAUCAUCGGCCUAUGUUAUGACAAGAAAUUAAGAACGUGCAUGAAGAAGCUCGCCGCUGUGGACGACACGUUGGAAGAGUUGGGCAUUCCGAAAAUGUACCAAGAGAUGCACAUGUGGUCGAAACGUGUGGUAGCCGGAUGGGUCGUGUACAUAUUCUUCACAAAUACUUACGAUUCCUUCUGGUGGUGGAGUGUAACGCAGUCUAAUUGGGCGUAUCUCAUACCUCAUGUGUUAAAUCAUUGUUUUCACGUCAACCUAUUCGUCGACUUUAUGUUCAUCUUCUUCAUGUGGUAUAUAGGCACCAGAUUCGACAAACUGAACGAAAAUGUACGAGGUCUGCUGGUGAGCGAGGAGCAUGGCUUGAGGUGUAGGUGGAAGAAACCAGUGAUUGCUGUUUACCGACAUACCUUGUAUGCCGAUAAUUACAAGCGAAUUUUGUGGACCUCAAUGCAUCUUCAGCUAGAAUUAUGUCGCAUAGCACGUGAACUGAACCUGAUAUUCGGAACGCAGAUGACUUUGGAGAUGUUGACCUAUUUCUUAUUUUUAACAGCACUGGCUUUUAAUUUUUGCAUAAUGCUGCUCAGUGGAAAAGGCAUGCCAAUAAGGGCUUGGCUCGGCAACGGUAUAUUAACCUCCAUAUGCAUCAUGAGACUCUAUUCCGUUAAUCACAUCUGCGAGAGUAUCAGCGUUAAGGCUAACAAAAUUAGCGAGACAAUUCAUCAGCUGACAAUUAUUCUGCGAUACGCCGAUAUUCAUCAGGAGCUUUGCCAAUUAAUUUUGCAAACGAUGCAUCAUCCACUGAAGUUCACCGGUCUGAAGCUUUUUUGUUUUGGCAGCAAGUUACUCUGGAAGUUUUGCACGGUGGUUGCAACUUUCGUGAUGCUCACAGUGCAAUGGUCUCCAGAGUUACAGGAGUAUAAUGAUCCGCGGUCGAAGAUAAACAACAAUAUUUCGAAAGAGCUAUUCUAAUGAGGACGUAAGAAUGUGUAAAAAUCACUUUUUACGAUCGUGCUCUAAUUAGGAAUGACAUAAUAUUCAUCCUGUCACCAAUCCUGUAUCGCAG